UCAAUACUUUCCUUGAAGAGUUUGCAGUAAGGGACUGCAAGGAGGUUGAUUUAGAGGGCAUGCAAUGGGAACCCCUUAAGAAUCUCUCUCAUUUGGAGAUUGAUAAUAUUCCAAAGCUGGUGUCUCUCCCCAUUUGGCUCCAACAUCUUGUUCAAUUGAAAACAUUAAAAAUUCAUAACUGCAAUGGAUUGAGGUCACUGCUUCCUGUGUUCCAACAUCUCACUUUCCUUGAAGAGUUUGAAGUAAAGGACUGCAAGGAGCUGGAGUUAUCUGGAGCUGGCAUCCAAAUAUUCCAAGAUCAUACAAGCCUACGCUCUCUAUGGCUGCAAAGUAUUCCAAAGUGUCGGCAUCUUCCGGAGUGGCUUCAACAUCUAACAAAUCUGCAACGGCUUUUUCUCGUUAAUUUGCCCAAUUUAACAUCUCUUCCGGAGUGGCUUCAACAUCUAACAAAUCUGCAAGGGCUUUAUCUCGGUUAUUUGCCCAAUUUAACAUCUCUUCCGGACGAGAUGCGUUGCCUAACCAAAUUGCAAAUUUUAGAAAUAGAAGGAAUUCCUCAGUUGGAGGAAACAUGUCGGAAGGACAUUGGCGCUGAUUGGCAAAAGAUUGCUCACAUCCCCAACAUUCGGUUGAUUCAGUAAGGCAUUGGAGAAAGGCAUUAGUCAACUUCAAUCAUUUUAUAUGCAUAAAAAAGAGGGCACUCUUUUAGCUGUUUGGAGUUCCAGCUAAAUUUGUUAUUGAAGGUCCAAAUAGGAGAAAAAGGAAGAUGCUUCAGAAUAUUUGGUGGUUCAUUGAUGCUUUUGGAAGAGUCGUUGUUCAAGCAUGACAAUUGCCAGACAUAUUGCAUUUGAAAAUUCUUAUUCCUCUUUACAUGGAGCUUAUUAAGAGCUUGAUUCAUAGUAGGAAAACCAUUGGAUGUUGAAUGUGAAUUUUCACUUGCAUAGCUAAAAUGAGUUGGGAGAGAAUUUACUUAAUUGUACAAAAGUGAUGUUGCAUCAAGUGUUCAAAGGGUUAGGCUUAAAUCAUUUCUUUAUACUAUAAAGUUCAUAGAGGAUUCAUCCUUGGGCAAAGCACCGCAGACGUAGGACAAGUUCCGAACCGAGUAAACAUCUUAAUUGUACUCUUUAUUUUUCUUAUUGCAUAAUAUGUGCCAACUCAGGAAAAAACACAUUUAUGUUUUUUUAGACAGUAUUCCAAGGCUAUGU